GCCGCCUCAAGGCAGCCUCCCCGCUCGGACAGUACGACGAACUCGCAAGAUGGCGGCGACCGAGUGAGUUGUGACCGCGAAGGUGAGACUGACGUACUUCCGGGACCACCCUCUCUCGGUGGCGCGCUUCCGGUCCCUCCCAGCGGGCACCGCAGCUUUCGACGCCGUUGCCAAGGCAACGGCCUGGGCCAGGCUAGGGCUUUCCGGGAAUCCCAGGUGCCGCAGGCGCGCUGGAUACAAUUUCGGGAGCCGACCGGACACAGAGGCUAAAGCUGUGAAGCUGAAGGCAGGAGCUGUGAGGAUGGCGCACCUGCUGGGCAGCCAGGCCUGCAUGGACAGCCUGCGCAAGGACCUCACCGACCUGCAGGGUGCCAUCGUAGACGUCUUUUCCCACGCUGGGCCCGUGUGCUUCCCCUCCUGGAAGUUCCCUGAUCGCGUCGCCUGUGACCUUGACAUGGUGGCCCUGCUGGAGCACUAUGACCAUGUUCCUGGUGACCCCGAGUUCACACAGCUGUCCCAUGCUGUGCUGCUGGAGCUGGUCAUCGACAGGCUCCUGCUACUGCUUCAAAGCUGCAUGAGCUACUUGGAGAACCUUGGCUCAGAGCAGAUGAUGCCCCCCAUGCGGGCUGCGGGACCCUGCAUGUCCGUGGGGCUCACAGUGCGGCGCUUCUGGGACAGCCUGCUGAGGCUGGGCAUGCUCCACCAGCAGGCGCUCCCCCAGAAAGGGGCAAACCAAAGGGAGACCCCUACCUCCAAGCCCACCGCCAAGGACGAGCCAGCCGGGAGCCCUGAAUAUCUGACUGCCAAGUUCAUCAAGCCCUCCUCCCCCAUGCCAGGCUUGCCCCAGACCUGCCAAGACCCAGAGAGCCUCCCUGUCAGAGCCUCCCUGCAGUGUCCAGCCACGGUCUCCAAGAACAGCAGGAGUGUUUACUGCCAGACCAUUGAGACGGCCCUGGUGCCCUGUGACGCGUGUGCCAGCAUCCAGGGAAGCCUGUCGAAGGUGGGCAAGGUGGUCAUCAGCCUGUGUCAGAGCCAGAACUUACCCUCAUCCUUAGGCCAGUUCCAGCAACUGGUACAGGACAGCAUGGGGCUCAGGCCACUGCCAGCUGCCACGGUGGGCCGCUGGGCAGCAGAGCAGAGCAAAGACCUGACGCGCCUCAGUAAGCAUGUGGAGGCCCUCAGGGCCCAGCUGGCAAAGGCUGAGGAGCAGAAGGAUGGCCUGAGGAAGCAGGUGUGCAAGCUGGAGCAGGCACUGAAACAGGAACAGGGGGCGCGGCGGCGACAGGCGGAGGAGAAUGGGCAGUGCCUGGCUGAGUGGGAACAUGACAAGCAUCAGCUGCUCACAGAAACAAGUGACCUAAAGACAAAGAUGGCCACCUUGGAGAGGGAACUGAAACAGCAGCGGGAGUCCAUGCAGGCUGUGGAGGCAAAGGCCCAGCAGCUGCAGGAGGAAGGCGCGUGCAGGGCGGCGGCGGAGAGGCAGGUGCAGCUGCUGGAGGAGCAGCUGGAGGGCGCCAGCCAGCAGAUGUGCUGGGCCAGCAAGGAGCUGGACAAGGAGAAGGCACGUGUGGACAGCAUGGUCCGCCACCAGGAGUCCCUGCAGGCCAAGCAGCGAGCCCUGCUAAAGCAGCUGGACAGCCUGGACCAGGAGCGUGAGGAGCUGCGGGGCAGCCUGGACGAGGCUGAGGCCCAGCGGGCCCAUGUGCAAGAGCAGCUGCAGAGCGAGCGAGAGCAGGGGCAGUGCCAGCUCCAGGCCCAGCAGGUGAGGGAGCUGCUGCAGAGCCUGCAGAGAGAGAAGCAAGGCCUGGAGCAGGUGACUACAGACUUGCGGCUGACCAUCCUGGAGCUAGAGCGGGAGCUGGUAGAGCUGAGGGAGCGGGAGCGGCUGCUGGUGGCCUUCCCAGAUCUGCACCAGCCCACCGAGACCCAGAUCCAUGGUCCUGUCCCGCUGGGCACAGGAGGCAGAUCGAGCAGGGUGGAGUCCCAGAUAACAUGUCCCACAGACUCUGGCAACGUCACAGAUCACAUGGAGAGGCAAGUGCAGGCCAACGACAUCCGCAUCCGGGUCCUACAGGAGGAGAACAGGCGGCUCCAAUCAAUGCUGUCCAAAAUCCGGGAAGUGGCCCAGCAGGGUGGCCUCAAGCUGAUCCCACAGGACCAGCUCUGGUCCCCUUCCAGCAAGGGAACCCAGGGAGCAACACCACCAGUCCAGACCCAGAGCAUAUCCCCAGGGCCCCUGGGCAGACAGCACCCUCCUGGCAGCAGGAUGGGCAGGACCCUGCCCGGCCAGCCCCGCACGUCCCCACCUCAGCAGCCCCGCGCAUCCCCACCUCAGCAGCCCCGCACCUCUCCAUCCCAGCAGCCCCGCACCUCUCCAUCCCAGCAGCCCCGCACCUCUCCAUCCCAGCAGCCCCGCACCUCUCCAUCCCAGCAGCCCCGCACCUCUCCAUCUCAGCAGCCCUGUGCAUCCCCACCUCAGCAGCCCUGCAGCCAGCCCAGCAAGUCCUUGCUGGAGGAUGUGACCCACUCGGCCACCUCCACCCAGAGCCCCAUCAGGGCCUUGGUCAGGCUGAAGAGGAGACUGUCACCUGGCUGGGGCCAGGCUAGCUCUGCACACCAGCCCCAGGAGCGGCCCAUGUAGCUUGUGGUAGGGGUGGGGCUGGAUGGCAGGUGGCUGGCAGCCCACCCACUGUAAUAAAGGCCCAGCCAUUGGCCCACAGCCAUCUUGGCCUCACAGUAUGGCUGAGCUGGGGAAAGAGUCCUUCCUUCCCUGUCCUGGGCAGGAGCCACUGAGUCCCCAGCCAUGUAGGUCAUCAGCCAGCAGAGUCCUGGCCCUAUUGGCCCUCAGUAAAAGGGGCCUUUCUGCUUCCCUCCUGACAGAGACUGUGGGACAGGAGAGUACACCCAGGGCAGAGGAAGCUCCUAGGACCUGGGCCAAGUGAAGGGCCGUCUUUCUAGUCCCAGAGCAAGGGCCCAGGGUGAACCUGGGCUCAGUGUCUUGCACGGACUCAGAUGGGUGUCAGGUGAGGGUGGACAGAGGAAGGGCCAUUGAGGACUUCUGAGGCAGGCAGAGGGGAGCGAUGCCUUCGGCCUCCCACCCUUGCUCUGGACCUGCACUGGGCACAUUAAGGACCCAAGAAGUCAGCCUCCUUUCACUGAGGAACUCCUCUCCUUUAGGAAAUGGUGAACGUCAUGAAGGUUUCUCUAACUCCUAGAGGUCAGAGCCCCAGGAGGCCACCAAAGGUAGGGCAAGGCCUCCCUCAAGCAGAGGACAUCCUGCCAGCCCUGGCUGUCCCAUGCCUGUCCCUUGCCCCCCUCCCCAGCCCAGGAUGCCACGCAGCUGAGCAUCCAGGGCUCGUUUUCCUCAUGAAGCCACCAGUCUGCCCUGAGCCACUUGCCUGUGAAGGACGGUCUCCAAAAACUUGCCGAGGCCUUCUCAGGGUGCACGCUCCCAGGUGCCUGAAGCACUUUUCCUUGGUGAACAAGCCAUCAGAGCACCUCAGUUCACAGAGGAGGGUCAAGCCUAAUUUCCUGCUUCUGAGGGGCCCAGGCACCUCCCUCACAGGGGAGCACCAGGCCUUAGCACUCUGAGCCAGGAGGCCUGUGGCCAAGUCCAGGGGAACAACCUCACAGCUGAGCAACUCUCUCAGGCCACCACCAAUUCCAUACCCGUGUAUUCAUUAGCUCCCAGUUCUGGAGGUUGGAAGUCUAGGUUUUGUGUAGCUGGGUUUUCUGCUAAGGGUCCCAGAAGGUAGAAAUCGAGGCAUCUACCAGGCUGUGCUCCUUUCUGCUGGCUCUGGGGAAGAAUCCACUUCCAAGCUCAUUCCACAUGGUGGCAGAAUUCCAAUCCUUGUGGCCAUGGGACUGAGGUCCCCAUCUCCUCACUGGCUGCUGUAAGCCAGCUCCUCUCUCACCUCCUAGAGGCCGCCCACUUUCCUUGCCAUGGGGCUCCCUCCAUCUUCAAGUCAGCAACAGAGAAUUUCUCAGGCACCGAAUCCACCACAUGCUUUAAAUCCCUGACUUCCUCCUCUUGUACCAGCAGAAGACGACUUUUAAUGGGCUCAUGUGGUUAGGCCAAGGCACACUCAAUACUUUCCCUUAGGCCGGGCGCGGUGCGCCUGUAAUCCCAGCACUUUGGGAGGC